AGACUGAGUUUUGCAUGAUGUGUCUGUUGGAGAAACACGUCUUCAACGCCUUCAUGAAUCGGGGCACGGCCAUCAAUCCCAUCGAGAUAGUUCGCAAUUUCAAACACAUCGGCGAGGACCUGUGUUUUGGCAGGCAGGAGGAUGCACAUGUGUUUCUGGGUUACGUGAUAGAUGCUCUGCACCAAUCCUGCCUCUUCAACCAAAGGCAGCUCGGUAUUAACAUGGAGACCCCUACAUUGAUCCACCAGAUCUUCAGGGGGUACCUGAAAUCGAGAGUUGAGUGCAUGCAGUGCUUCAGCAUCUCAGACACGUUGGACGCCUGCCUGGACAUCUCUCUUAAUAUCAACAAAUCCCUAGAUCUGGUGAUGGCUUUUCAUGAAUUCACAAAGACCGAGACUCUUGCAGAAUACAGAUGUGGAAUGUGCUCGUGCGUGGGGAAAUCUACAAAGAGAGUGAGCCUAAACGUGGUGCCCAAUGUGCUUAUCAUCACCAUUAAGCGAUACGAUGAGUUUGGCGACAAAAUCGACAAGGAUUUCCUCUUCACUGAAGAACUCGACAUACGGCCGUUCAUGUCCAAUCAGGUUGUGCACGAGCCAGAACUGUAUUCGCUCUACUCAGUGAUUGUGCACCACGGGACCACCACCAAUAGCGGCCACUACUACUCCUACAACAAGGUCAGCAAUGGCAGCUGGUUCAGAAUGGACGAUACUGACGUGAUGCCAGUCACCAAUGCAGAAGUUUUUGAAGACCAGGCCUACAUCCUCUUCUAUACGAAGUCACCAGAGCAGAAUGCCAUCCCAGUGGACAUCGAGGACCCACAGUCUUCAAACUGGGUGGCAUCAGGGACACAAGGAGAGCUCACAAGUGCUCAGACUACACAAGGAAGGACACUCAAGGAAGAAAGGACACUCAAGGAAGAAAGGACACAACCCGGAGACACACUGCACACAGACACACGCCCACCUAAGAAGACACGUUGGAGACUUAGAAAUUUAGCCUGAUAUCAGAUGCUCCCUCCUUACAGGCAAUCCCCGGAUUAUGGAAGCGUUAGGUUCUCAACAAUUUCCCCCCAAAAUCCAGAUAAAAUCCCAUAGCCAGAUAUAGUUGUGCCUCCCGUACUGUUUUCUCUCAUUACUGUAUCGCGUUGUGAUACGUUGUGUAUCACUGCCUGUAGCAUAUGUCUGUAUAUACGCUCUGCACUUCCUACGAUUACACUGGUCAACACACUUUUUCUGGCAUAAGGUAUUCCAACGGUUUUAAGUUCUUGU